UUUUUUGGUAGACAGAGGUGUUGCAAGUCAAUGCAAGAAAACCUACACAUUUUCCUCGAGUUCCUGUUUUGGGUUUUAUUGAUACUCAGUGUCUCCUACAGGUUUUUCUUGGAAGCGUCAUCGAUGCCAUCCUAUCUGAAAAACAUAGAGGUUUCUACUUACGGAUAUUACAUGCGAUAAACACAUUUCAUCGUUUUACUUUGUACAAUACUUCUGUGUUGAAUAGUAUCUUCGAUAUUUUUUGUUAGAGAUGAGCGGCGCAGAGGAGGAGAAGAUGGGAGGUCCGUCUACUACCGUGGACGAUCUUCAGUGUGAGCCUGUCGGCGGUGGCGUCGACUCUAAGACACACGGCUCUGGUGAAGGUGAAACCGAAAAGGUGUUUAACUAUGCUCCGGAUAGUUUUGAAGAUGGUGUUGUCCCAGAAGGCGCCGUCGGAACCGACGAGGAGAGCACGGUCACACCUUUGCCGUGUCCAGCUGCAGUCCCCGGGCCCCGCGCACCCGAGAAUACACCUGCUCGAUGGUUGUCGCUGUUGCGGUCCGACCGCGCACCCGUAGCCAAGGUGACGCCGGAUAUGGUCGAUUCUCUGAAACAGCAAAUGUACCAGGUCUUUCCACCGAGUCCAAUCGGAAAAUCAGCGACGCCAGGCUUGCAGGAUCCGGCGCGCUCGGCCGCGCUAGACCGCACUAACAUUAGGGCUCAUGGUUUUGAAAAAAUAGGUCACUUCUACUCUUGAACAACAACCUGGGAUUUGUUAUCUUGACCCUGUAUGAAAAUCAGCCGUCAGAUAUUCUCAACAUCUACCGGAAUACAGUAGCAACUGAUAGACUGCCACUGGUGACAAACAACUUCUAAAAGCGAGGCCAUAGCUAGCAUAGAAUCGAUGGGCGGAGACGGAUGGGAGGAGGCGAUUAGGGCAGAAACUGCGAAGCUGAAGCAGGGUUACGAGGAACUGCAGAGACUACAGCGACAGGCAAGUGUAAAGGAGGCAAGACUCAUGGCAGAAAUCGAAGAAAAAGAAACGAAAUGGGAAGGUAAUACGACUAAAGCGAAGAAACACAGAAAUGUCUCAAUGAAACAAGGACUAGACACCCCCUCUGAUUCUCUAAAAACAGCUUCAUCAUCCAUGAAGAGAAAAGUUUUUCUUUGCUUCUCACAUCCACGAAAUGUUAGUUGGUUUUCUUUUUGACUCCGAUUUACGACCAAGUAAGACCAGCAAGAAUAUGAAGUUAGUAGGUGGUGCUUAUACAUUUCUAUUCAAUUCCGCCAGGUGUGGUGAAGGAGAUGAUAGAAAAAUACGAGGCUCUGGAACAAGUGGCGGAGGAGCGACAUCAGCGCAAAGAGAUGAUGUGGGAGACAAAUCAGAAGUUGCUAGCCGAACUGGAGGAGACAGCGAAAAAGAAAGACUACUAUGCAGACAGCUUAAAGUCGUUCGUCGGACGGAAAUCGACAUGCGCAGUCUGUGCAUAUGUGAAGUACUGAAAAGUGAGAGGUCAUAGUUUUCUUCGAAAGAGGACUCCAUUAUGGAUAAUGCUUGCAACUAUUAGUUUUACACUUGUAGUAUGAAGCUGAAGGUCAUUGAUAAUUUUAUACGCUUUUGCAUCCCUCUGUCUUGCUCUCGUGCUUUCUCACAUCGACCAUAACAUUAGAAACUCUACUCCAGCCAUCACGAGAAGAUCCUUGUUGGGUAUGAAGAGAAGAACGAGGAAUUGGUUGGCAAAAUCACGACGCUGGAAGGAGAACGGAGUAAAGCGGUCAACGAUUUACUUGCGAUCCGCAAGCAGUUGGAGUUCGAGCAUACCAAAUAUAAAGCGAUGGAGCACUCCUGCCGCCAUUUCCGCAAGAAGCUAGAACAGUUGCACGAGGACCUGAAGCGAAUAGAGUUACGAGUCCUACCUAUCAUCUCGUAGAUACUUCCUUUUUGGCCAGUAAAGCUACUUCAAUAUUAACGUUCUAUCUCAGUUUAACACGACAUCCUCCUACAGUACAACCGGUUAAUCAAAUGGAGAACCUCUUUCUAAGAAGUGAAUUCAAGGCCCGCGUUGCGCAAUUGGAGGAAGACCUGAAAAUGGAGAAGAAGAAGGCAUGGCAGUAUGCAGAUGAGGUGGAACCACACUUGGAGGCCUAUGAAAAACUGAAGCCCAUGUAUGCCGAUGAAGUCAAACAGAAUGCAGAAAAUCGCGAUCAAAUAGCGUUGCUCGAAGGAGAGAAAGCUGAUCUGAUCGUCGUGCGUGACGGGCUAACGUACUACAUACUCAACCCAGUAUUGUUGUUUUCACAGGCCGCUGUUUCUUAUGAUUGUAACCUUCAUCAUGAAUCAUCAUCAUUUACCCUCUUGAAGCAAUGACAUCACCGAUGUUUACAUUCAUCAACUUUCCAUUUAUUCUCGUUCUAUAGCGCGGAUUUGUCUGCAACGGCGGAGAAGUUGGAGUUCACUGCCGGGCGACUCGAGGUGACCACGAUGACUUUGCAGAAGGCGAAAGAGACCUUGCUGAAGAAUGUGCUGAAGGGUUGGCUCGUUGACGAGGAUCCAUGGGAAUUGCCACGCACGAUCAUCCAGGUGUGGCGCGAUUACGUGCCAGACCUACGAGAAGAUAAUCGUGUUUGGCGUCUCGAAAAAGCGCACGAAGUGCUGAAAGUUAUGACUUACCUUGUGCAUGAAGUUCCAAAUUGAUGUUUGUGAGUUCGACAGCAUUCAUUGAUAGACUGUAUAAGCUAAUAGAUAGGGAGAACGAAAAGAUGCCGAAGACCAAAUCCAGUUGGAUUCCCACUGUCCUAUUGAGAAAUACACUUGGUGCAACAGACCGAUGUUUCUAAGGCAAUCGAGCACAGAGAGCUGGAGGAAGUGCAUGCGAAAGAAAUGGCAGACUACGCACAGCUACAGUUGGACCAUGCCACUCUUGUCCAUGAGCAUGAGGUUCUCAACGCACAACACGAUGAGUGCACGGCGGCGCUUGCGGCCGAGAGGGAAACAACUUCGCAGCUGCGUGCGGAUCUUGAAGCGGUAAGUAAUACAGCAACUUGUUCUGAUUAUAUUCAUCUGUCUUCUUUUUUCUAGAAGAUGAAAGACUAUAUGAUUUGUUUUCGUACGGACGUAGCUAGAAGUAGAUGUGCCAGAAUAUCUCCUUCGGACAUCGUUGAAUGUGUCUUUCGUCUUUGAAAUUUCUGGCCAUCAUUGCGUGUGUCUUUCGUCUUUGAAUUUCCUUGACAGACUUCCAGCUACUUACUAGAUUCAUUGCCCUCUCAGCAUUGUCUUCGUUUCAUCACGACGUCAACUAUGAACUACUACAGGAGACGAAGAAGUGCGCCGACUUCCAGUUCCGUUUGAAUCAGACGUGCGAUUCUCUGGAAGACACGGAGAAGCAACUACACGACCUGAACGUCCUCUUCGCCCAACGCGUGAACAGCCUCUUCGAACUGGAGGAAGAGGUGAAGAAAUUGCGCGCCGAAAACGACCGGCUCUGGGAACGCCAAGGCAUUACAGUAUGCGACAAGCACUUCCUCAAACCCGUGUGGCCGAAAGCCUUGCUCGCAGAACCUGUGGAUGGAUCUGUUAUGUCUGACAAAGAACAAUGACGAUGACAGUAGGAUCAGAUUAGAAGUACACCAUUUGCAGGUGAUCGGAAAUUAAUAUAUCGACAAUACUUCUAGUUGUGCACUUUUAUUUGGAAUCCAUGUGCAUGCAGGUUCUUCCCUCCACCAGGAUGAUUGAUUUCUGUCCCGGCCCAUAAUCUCCUCUAAGAACAGCGCGUCUCCGCCGAAUUACAGUUCUGGUGUCGUCCCGCGGUCUGCCGCCGUGAUGUCUGGUGUCGUUGCGGCCGAUGCAGAUGCAGGCAGAAAGCCGAGUAAGGAGGGCGCCUCGUAAGAAGCUUCGUCGGGGCACUAAUACGGAAAAGAACCAAGUUCCUGCAUAUUCAUAAGGUGGAACCACAUUACCUACCACGUAUUGCUAAAUGUUAACGCAUAGAAAUAGAACGGUUUUUUUACGCAUACUGUUUGUAUUUUGGGGUGUUCAAAAUUGGCACUCUAAAAAUUACGUAAAAUGAAACAAAAUAGGUAGAUCGGGAAUACGCAAGAAGCAUUGAAAAAAAUGAAAAAUACCACUGAAAUCAUAAAACGAGCUUACUGGGAAUGUGUAUCGAAAAUUGGAAGGUAGAAGUGCAUGCAAACUCAUAUCAAACUGUCAAGCAUAAAAAUGUGUAACACAUAAUUAGAAAACUUUUAGACGGGAAAAUAUAAUCAAGAUUACAAGGGUCCGUUAUUUAACGCAACAUGUAUCUAAGGUAUUUGGGAUUGAACACGCAUUGAAAAAUCUGUCACAUCUAUGUAUAGGAAAACGACGCAGAAGCAAAGUGUACUUACCUACUUGGAAACUUCUUGGGAAAAAAAGUCAUGAAUGCUUUAUUUCGUGCUAUUUAGUACAUCGUCGCUGAGGAGUUGAACAACUCAGAAGCGUGUUCGUAUUAGAGUUAUGGGUUGCCACUUGAGUUUUGUUGAGAGAAGGGUUUCCAUGCCUGUCUAAAUUUUACGAACGAC